GUAACCACAAAGUAACUUGAUGGAAGGGGCAGAACGCACAUUGUUUUAGAGGGUCUGGUUGUCUGGUUUGUGUUGUUUGUUGGGGUUAGAGUGAACUAGAUUUCAUUUCGAUUUCAGGCGCUGAAGCAGAAGUAACUUCUAAAACAGGUGAACAGGAGAUAUAUUGAAAAUGGAUGUUUUCCUAAUGAUCAGGAGGAAAAAGCUCACCAUUUUCACAGACGCAAAGGACACGACGACGGUACUUGAACUGAAGAAAAUGAUAGAAGGUAUCCUUAAAGUUUCCCCUGUGAACCAGCAAUUAUUCAAGGAUAACCAAGUUAUGGAAGAUGAGAAAGCUUUACAAGAUUAUGGGUUGACAUCGAAUUCUGCCAAGGCUCAGUGUCCUGGAUCCGUAGGCUUAGCACUUAGAUUAGAUAAUGGUGAUUUUGAACCCCUAGAAUUAACACCUUUCUCGUCUCCCCCUGACUUGCCUGAUGUUAUGAAGACUGACUCCAAUGGCCAAGAACAAACGCCUUAAUGCAGAACAGCAUCAGUACAUUUCAACAUAACACACAUACCCACAGGCCUGUUUUCAUACCACUAAUACACACCAAAGACAAGGAAUUGUAAGCUUUUGAAGUAGACCGAAAUAUUCUGAACUAGGUUAAUUUAUUACAAGAUUUUAAAAUGGAGAUGGAGUCUGUGUUGCAAAUGUGAAGUUUAUUGUUGAUUUUGUUACAGAAAAUAUGUGAAUAAUGUAAAAUCAAUUUUCAUAUUUUAAUUCUUCGAGAGACUUACUGUGUUUUUCUGUCAAGAGUAUCCUACGUAUAAAAAUUGUAUACAUACUGUCAGUUUUGUGAUCACAUUAAAAUUCGUCUUAAUACAUUGAUUUAAUAUCACUGAAUAAAAGCAUGUGACUGAUAUCAGCAUAAUUGAGUUCGUUUAAAGUAUUAAAAAUGCCUUGUUGCUGCUACUUGCAGCGUGUCUGGUAAUCACUUUUAUAAAAGGAGUUGUUUGAAUUCUAAGAAUUGUAUCACAUUAUACUAAAUAUAUUGAAACUAAUAAAAUCUUACAUAAAUUACAAGUAUCUGUGACACAAUAGUAUAGUUUUGUUUUAUUGCAUCUUGUAACUGGUCAAAAAGUAUAAACAGUUGGAGAGCUCACAGAAGUGUUUCCAUAUUUACAUAAAUGAUAUUCCUGUCCAUUAGCUGAAAGUUGCAAUAUCGGCAGGUUGGGUCUGUGUUGUGUCACUAGAUUACUGUUUCACGUCCUGACUUGUACAUGGGAGACUUCAGAGAUCUGAAAGCUUUUUGUUGCCAGUCGCUAACUGAGAGUUCUUCUACUUUCAAAUUGAAAUUUAAUGGCAGCCUAGUAGUACAUUCUCUCUGAAGAUUCACUCUGCAUGUGGCAUGAAGUGCAGUGUGUGUAAAAACAUUUUUCACAACAUUGUACUCAAGGAGGUUGAGGUUUGUAAUAUACAGGACAUUUAUUAGAGUCUACAUAACUAAAUAACCAUAUUUCCUGGUGUAAGACAUGGUUUGUAUCUUUGAGAACGGUUCUCAAAAUCACAGCAUAUCCUGUACACUGAUGGGUGCAUUGUACACAGUGAAAGUGACAAAAGUGACGUAAUUACAGGGUGGGGCACAGAAACUUCCUUUUUUUGAAGGCGAAUAAAAGAAAAAUUAUUGCUGAUAACACAAAAUUUAU